AUGGUCAUCAAUGAAAGAAACACCGGCACCCCUGUACCUAAAAAGGAGCCACAAAAGAAGAACAAGAGGACGUCUCGCCCUCAUGGCCUGCCCAGUCCGGCACUCUGCUGUGCCUGUGGCCUAUGCAUCAUGCUGGCUGGACUCAACAUCACCCUGGUGGGAGCAUUUGCUUUCAGCACACCGUUGCCUUCUGCCAACCCCUCGAUCAUUAUUGGACCUAUCCUACUGCUGGUGGCCUUCUCCUUUUUCGGGGCCUGUUGCGUGUGCAGCCGCCUCCCCCCUCCCCACAGCUCGAGGUCUAAGGUGGGUGGCAGGGGCACGGGCUUGAUGGGACAUGGUGGGCUGGCUGGAGGAGCAGCGUUUGAAAUAGAGACCAGCGAGCACACGCUGCAGGAUACUACAGCUGUGCAGCUGAGCCCCACAUCCUCCCCUGGAUCAUCCCGGGUGUCCAGCCCAGACAGAGAGGCCCCUGAUGCAGCCCCACCAGGAGCCUGCAAGCUCUUCACCAUGGAGACCAAUGGCCCUUCUUCUGUUUCAGCCACUGUAGUUUACUCAGCCUCCACAGCAGCAGGAGGUGAGGUGAGGCUCAACCUGCCACGUGAAGAAGUGGUGACCUAG